ACAUGUCGUCGGUGUUCUUUCAAAACAUCGUAACUACACAUUCCCGCCAAAACCACUUUUUGCUGGAAUCGUAAUCUCUGGUUCCUAAUACGCCGUGUGUUACACAGUAAUACGUGAAGACUGGCGGGAACAUAUUGUGUGCAGUAAUUUUAAAAGCUCGUAUAUCCAUGUGCAACAUUUUUGUUAUUUCAAAAUGUCGUAUGUGCGAACAUUUUUCUUACAGUUUCGGUCUUUUGUAUCAGAAGUUAAAUUGUGUCCGAAGUGUCCAGAUGUCAUUCAUAAAAGACUACAAAGUUCCAACUGAAUGAAAGCAGCUCAGUGUACUAUGUCGUCAAAGUGGCUGCGUUUACCUGAUGAUCAACAAUUCUCAAAUAACAUUGUAAACCUUCUUUCACAAAGGGAACUGGGGAAGAAUGCAUUUAAAGGAAUGCAUUAUAAUUUCCUAACGCAUGCAUAUUAUACCCUGUUUAAGAAAACUGCCCCAAGAUACAUUAUAGUAGAGCAAGAAGGAAAUGAAUAUCAGUUUAUAGAAAUGAAAUUCCACCCAUACUGUAAAAAUGGAUGCUAGUAAGUUUAAUCAGUUUUCUCGAGGGCAAAUGUGUGUUCAGUUAUCAUUAAAUGCUUCCAAAAUAUCACAAAAGGACGCAACAACAACAAACACUACAAAUGUUAUGCAUAAAGCAGCAGACUGUCUAAGUGGAGAAAGUAGCUCCAUUAAUCAAACUAACAAACCAAAUACAGACGUUAAUGAUAUCAACUCUUUAACCCCAAACACGCAAACUAUACCCCCAGAAACCAAUAGGAAAGUUUUACAUAUACGAAUUCAAGGCACGACUGUUACCGAACUUAGAAAUGAUUUAGAUAUUGAAUGUCACGAAUCAGAUUUAGAAUUAGAGGAAAAUGAUGUUUCAAAUUCGAUAUGGGGUGAAGCAAGUGGUAAUAGUAAUAAUUCUCCAGAUGUGUUGGGUGAUGCUGGUCUUGUUCUAGAUGGUAACACGCCAGUUAAAAGGCGACGUGCAAAGAAAGGGGAGAGUGAUAAAAGUACCUGGGUAAGAGAGAGAAAUAAAACACUUAGAAUGAAGGGGAAAGAGUAUUGUGGGCAGGAACGAGUGGAAGGAAAGUAUACACAGACAAAGGAAGUGAAACAGAGAGGCAUUAGACCACCAUGUAAUUGCCAUCACAGUAAAACAUCAACAUCAACAAAACUACAUUGCAAUGCAUUUAAUUCAAAUGAGAGAGAGAUAAUAUUUAAUACAUUUUGGGAUGAGAUGACCUGGGAUCAAAAGAAGGUUUAUGUUAAAACAUUAAUGACAGCAUCUUUCCCAAAAAGGAAGACAUCAAAACAGACAGAAUCUAGGAGAAAAACCAGCUGGACGUAUCAUCUAAACAAAGGUGACAUGUUAAUCCAGGUCUGUAAACAAAUGUUCCUAACAACACUAGGUUUGGGUGAGAAAAUGGUUUAUGGGUGGAUUAGCCAAGACAAGGAAGAAAAAGAUAAGGAAAUGAUAUCACCAGGUGUUAAAAGGAGAGAGAGACUUUCAAAUGACCCACAUAGAAAUGAUGUCAAAGAAUUUUUCGAUAAUCUUCCAAAAAUGCCUUCUCACUACUGCAGGUCCACUUCGGACAAACUGUACCUGGAACCAGUGUUUAGGAAUAUGAUGGAACUUUACCACGUAUUUUUGGGCUAUUGCAAAGAAAAUGAUAUUCCACGAGAUCCAGUUAAGAUUAAAACGUUUUGUAAUGUUUUUCAGGAUAUGAAUUUAGCGCUUUUUAAACCAAAAAAAGAUCAAUGCGAUAUCUGUUGUGCACAUGAAAAUAAAAAUAUUUCAGAUGAAAUAUACCAGAGACACAUAGAAAGAAAAGAUGAAGCAAGACGUGAAAAGAUACAAGACAAAGACUGGGCAGAAAAAGGAAAUGAGGGUCAUGUGGUGACUAUGGACCUGCAGGCCGUUCUCCUGUCCCCUAGAGUGACUGCAAGUGCCAUGUACUACAAAACUAAGUUAGCCUGCCAUAACUUCACAAUUUAUGACUUGACCAGCAAGAACGUCACUUGCUACUUCUGGCAUGAGGGUCAAGGUGAUUUGUCAGCAAAUACAUUUGCUUCUUGUGUAGUCGACUAUAUCAAAGCUGUAGAUGGAAACAAGGAUCCGUUUAUCAUGUACAGUGAUGGGUGUACUUACCAGAAUAGAAAUGUGUAUAUGGCUAACGCAUUGCUGCGUUUAUCCAUUGACGAGAAUAUAGUGAUUUACCAAAAGAUUUUGGAAAAAGGUCACACACAAAUGGAGUGUGACUCUGUGCACAGCACAGUGGAAGGAAAACUAAAACAUAGGCCAAUAUACUGUCCAGCAAAUUAUAUAGAUGUUCUUCACUCUGCCAGACCAAGACAGCCAUACACUGUGAAAUAUCUGUCAUAUGAUUUUUUUAAAGAUCAUAGACAUCCUUGGAUGUACAACUCCAUUCGACCAGGCUCAAAAGCAGGUGAUCCCGUUGUCACAGAUAUUCGGGUCCUGAAAUAUACACCUGAUGGAACCAUCCAGUACAAACUUCAGUAUACAGACGAGUUCCGGGAUCUUCCAAGAAGGUCAAGAUCACGCCUGAGUAUUGAAGGAAUUCAGGAAUGUACUGUGCAACAACUUCUCAGCGGACCAGUUCCGAUCAGUGGUACUAAAUACAACCACCUGCAGGAACUCAAGUCUGUAAUUCCCCAAGACUACCAUUUGUUCUAUGACUCGUUGGCUCAUCACUAACAAUAAGAAUCUUUCAAACUAACUGCUGUGUUUAGACACAAUAUGGUCUAGUCAUCACAUUAAAUGUUUUUGUUUAUUAUAAUAUUACACCCUUGGAAUACCACACUAAGUAUCAUGACUUGCAAUUUAGUUCAUUUGUUUAAAUAUUGAAAUCAAGUUUGGGUGCUAGUAACGAUUGUAUUAAUUAUACUCCGACCGUGAGUAUGGUUUAGUUGGUUAGUCAACUGGUUAGACCUGAUUGAGUGUUUAAAUGUGUGUGUGUUGUACUGUUUUACUUGAUUAAUAAACCAUUAUUCUUCGUAUUCUUUAUCCUGGUUUGUUUCAUUGGUAAAUAUGAAUUACAGCAGAUUGACUGUCAUUUGUCUGAAAAUUAUUAGUUUAAAUGACUCAACAUAUAAGGGGUUAAGGUAAAUUCAUUGAUUGUUAGUAACACAUUUUAAAUAAUCAGCUACAUAUUUCAGUCACAAAAAAAGCUUAAAAGUAACCCUGGUAUCCACUUUAUGUGUGCAUCGUAUGCCCCAAUGUAAGUUGCAUAAUAUCGUAAGUAUGAAUUUUAGCAUUAUUAUAAAAUCAAAAAGUCGUAACUGCCAUCCCGACCUACUUAGCACAGCUGCAGUGUUAUUGAACAUGUUCACCAUUAAAGACCUUUUAGAAACAUGUUUAAGCCAGAGCUUACGUUUGUAGCUAGGCCGACAUUAGAUAAAAUAAUUUUUCGUAGCUCCUGUAAAAUUUCAAAAUACGUAGUUACGAUGUUUUGAAAGAACACCGACGAUGUGCUUGUUUCUUAAUUCAUACGUUUACUCUUGUUUUUACUGAUUGAGUAUUUUAAAUACAUGUGCUUGUUUCUUAAUUCAUACGUUUACUCUUGUUUCACUGACUGAGUAUUUUAAAUACAUGUGCUUGUUUCUUAAUUCAUAUAUUUACUCUUGUUUUCACUGACUGAGUAUUUAAAAUACAUGUGUAUGUUUCUUAAUUCAUACGUUUACUAUUGUUUUCACUGAUUGAUU